UCCAAUCCUCUUCAGUCGUGGGCGUGAAGGGAGGGUUUUCUUUCCGAAUGGGGUACUGAGAGCACAGCGGGGUGCCCCCAGGACAGUCUUUGGUAAACUGGGAGUCUCUGCUUUUCUGUCGCUGAUGAAGUCGCCCACGCACCAUCCGGGGAGUCCUGUAGGGAGGGAACAGAUCCCCCCCCUCCCGCUUAUCCUUGCUGCUUAGUACGCGGGCGCUGGCUGAGAGAUGACUUAGGGAAGGGGGCGACAGGAGGCACUGGGUACCCAGAACGAGGAUUGCGGGCGUUCUUUACCCAUUUGAACCACUCCAGAGAUCGCCACAUCUUUCUUGUUCCCUGCUAAACGUUUCUCUUCGGUCUCUGGCAGCCCGUUGGUCAUGAAAACCCUCACGUUGCCGGCAUCCGUCCUCUUCUGCUUCCUUCUACUGAUCCAGGGGUUGGGAGCAGCGCCCCCCGGGCGCUCCGAUGCUUAUCCUCCUCCCCUCGGCUCUGAGCAUAAAGAGCAGGUAGUUGAGGACGCAGUGUCCCGGCCAAAGGAUGAUAGCGUCCCAGAGGUCCGAGCCGCUCGGAAUUCCGAGACUCAGGACCAGGGAGAGCUCUUCCAGGGCGUGGAUCCCCGGGCGCUGGCCGCGGUACUGUUACAGGCACUGGACCGUCCGGCCUCGCCCCCGGCGGUCCCAGGAGGUUCCCAGCAGGGAACACCCGAAGAAGCAGCAGAGGCUCUGCUGACCGAGUCCGUGCGCAGUCAGACCCAUAGCCUGCCGGCGCCAGAAAUCCAAGCGCCCGCUGCGGCCCCCCCUCACCCUCAGACUCAGGACAACGAUCCCGAGGCAGACGACCGCUCAGAAGAGCUGGAGGCGCUAGCAUCCUUGCUCCAAGAACUUCGAGAUUUCAGUCCGAGCAAUGUUAAGCGCCAGCAAGAGACGGCGGCAGCAGAGACUGAAACCCGCACGCACACGCUGACCCGAGUCAAUCUGGAGAGCCCCGGGCCAGAGCGCGUAUGGCGCGCUUCCUGGGGAGAGUUCCAGGCGCGCGUCCCGGAGCGCGCUCCUCUGCCACCCUCAGUCCCUUCACAAUUCCAGGCUCGAAUGCCCGAAAGCGCUCCCCUUCCCGAAACCCAUCAGUUCGGGGAAGGAGUGCCCUCCCCUAAAACACGUCUAGGUGAGACUUUGACACCCUUAUCCAAGGCGUACCAAAGCCUAAGUGGCCCCUUCCCCAAGGUGCGCCGGCUCGAGGGCUCAUUCCUGGGUGGCUCCGAGGCAGGAGAGCGCCUACUUCAGCAAGGGCUAGCUCAGGUAGAGGCAGGGAGGAGGCAGGCAGAGGCCACUCGGCAGGCCGCGGCGCAAGAAGAGCGGCUAGCCGAUCUCGCCUCCGACCUGCUGCUCCAGUAUCUGCUGCAGGGUGGAGCCCGGCAGCGGGAUCUCGGGGGUCGGGGGCUGCAGGAGAAGCAGCACCAGCGGGAGAGCGAGAGGGAGGAGGAGGCGGAGCAGGAGAGACGCGGUGGUGGGGAGGACGAGGUGGGGGAAGAGGAUGAGGAGGCGGCGGAGGCAGAGGCGGAGGCGGAGGAGGCAGAGAGGGCGCGGCAGAAUGCGCUCCUGUUUGCUGAGGAGGAGGACGGGGAAGCCGGAGCCGAGGACAAGCGCUCCCAGGAGGAGGCGCCCGGCCAUCGGCGGAAGGAUGCUGAGGGGGCAGAGGAGGGCGGGGAGGAGGACGAUGACGACGAGAUGGAUCCGCAGACUAUUGAUAGCCUCAUUGAACUGUCCACCAAACUCCACCUGCCAGCCGACGAUGUGGUCAGCAUCAUCGAAGAGGUGGAGGAGAAACGGAAGCGGAAGAAGAACGCCCCUCCCGAGCCGGUGCCGCCCCUCCGUGCUGCCCCAGCCCCCACCCAUGUUCGCUCCCCUCAGCCCCCACCUCCCGCCCCGGCCCGAGAUGAGUUGCCGGACUGGAACGAAGUGCUCCCACCCUGGGAUCGGGAGGAGGAUGAAGUGUUUCCCCCGGGGCCCUAUCACCCCUUCCCAAACUACAUUCGGCCGCGGACACUGCAGCCGCCUGCAUCCUCCCGCCGCCGUCACUUCCAUCACGCGUUGCCACCUGCGCGCCACCAUCCCGACCUGGAGGCCCAGGCUAGGCGUGCGCAGGAGGAGGCGGACGCGGAGGAGCGCCGGCUGCAGGAGCAGGAGGAGCUGGAGAAUUACAUUGAGCACGUGCUGCUGCGCCGCCCGUGACCCGCCCCGGCCCCGCCCCCGCGCGUCC